AUGGAAGACCUUAGAUUGGAGGAGGAUGAGUACCUCAGCUUUUGGGUCACAAACAACGCUGGAAUCGAGCGUCUUGCUCUUGAUUCCCCAGGGGACAAGUCUAAGAACGCACAAUCACCAGCCGAUGACGCUGGACCUGGUAACGAAAAUGACCAAGACCUCAACAACCAUGGACUCGGAAUUGAAUUUCACGACGAUGCCACUGAAAAGGAGAAUAAGGGAUUCCCAAUCCCGGCCGGAGUCAACCCAGUGACUGAGAAAGAGAAUGUUCAAGUCCCAGUGAAACCUGGCACAGUAUCUGACGAUAGAGGUGGUGUCCCAGUCGAAUCUGCUGCACCCGAAGGUCCAAUGACACGCGAAGAGAUCAUUUUUAAAUGGUUGUCAGGCCUUAAAGACGACCCUCACCCGCUCUUCAGUGUGGACGACAGGAGCCCUCAUGAGCUUGACUGGGAAGCAGGCGACACAGUGCCACAGGGCUGGGCUCGCACUCGACCAGCAACUGGGGUUCCUCGUCAGAUUCCAAACUACCGCUUCUUUGACUAUACAAGCGGCACGUACACCGACUUGCACGGAGCUCCACCGCCUGUGUAG